AUGAACAGGUUCGCCAACUGCAAGGGAAGGGAAGGGAACGAAGUUGUUCUUGUGCGCUGCGCUGCGCUGCGUGGAGUUCCUGAGAUUUGGAUGAAACCCAACACCAAGGGCUAUUUCCAGUGCAUCCAACGCAGACAAAACAAUGCAUUGAAAAGCAGGGCAACAGAUGGGUAUCUCAUAGUUCAUGCCAAUGGAGGAUUGAAUCAGAUGAGACUGGGGAUAAGUGACAUGGUUGUGGCAGCUCAACUCAUGAAUGCAACACUAGUUCUUCCUUUUUUGGAUCAUGAUUCAUUUUGGAAAGACUCAAGUGAGUUCAAAGAUAUAUUUGAUUGGGAGCACUUCAUUGAUGAACUCAAAGAUGAUGUCAACAUAGUGAAUUCUCUCCCACCCAAUUAUGCAAACAAGAAGCCUCAUGUGAUGCCUCCUAUCUCCUGGUCCAAGGGUUCAUAUUACAAAGAUUUGAACAAAUUACUGAAGAAGCACCAAGUCAUCCAGUUCACUGACACUGAUUGUCGUCUAGCAAACAAUGUAGGCAAUCCAUCAAGGCAGAAACUAAGAUGCCGUGCAAACUACAAAGCACUUCGCUUCACACCACAAAUUGAAGAGCUUGGGAAAACUCUAGUUGAUCGGUUGAGAAAUCAGACCAAUCAUUACAUUGCACUUCAUUUGAGAUAUGAGAAGGACAUGCUUGCAUUCACUGGUUGCACCAACGAGCUGACAGAACAUGAAGCAGAAGAGCUCAGGGACAUGAGGUACAGUGUCAAGCGUUGGAAGGAGAAAGAGAUCAACAGCAUGGAGAAGAGAUUGAAGGGAGGCUGCCCAAUGACUCCAAGAGAAGCUGCUGUUUUUCUCAAAGCGAUGGACUAUCCUUCCACAACUAAUAUCUACAUCGUAGCAGGGGAAAUCUAUGGGAAGAAUGGCCUGAAUGCUCUCAAGGCUGAAUACCCCAACAUUCAUACACACAAUAGCUUGGCAACACCUGAAGAAAUUGAGAGUCUGGAGAUGUACCAUAAUCGCCUGGCCGCACUGGACUACAUUAUGGCCCUCAAGAGUGAUGUUUUCGUGUAUACAUACGAUGGCAACAUGGCCAAAGCAGUGAAGGGACACAGGAUGUUUGAAGGAUUUCUCAAGACCAUCAGUCCUGACAGACAAGAGUUUGUGCAUCUUAUUGACCAGAUGGAUGCUGGUGAAAUGACUUGGAUGGAAUUCAAACAGAGGGUGAAGGAGUUUCAUGCUGAUCAUCUUGGAGGUCCCUGCGCGAGAAAAGCGGGAGCUUUGCCGAAGCUGGAAGAGUAUUUCUAUGCAAACCCUCUUCCUGGCUGCUUAUGCAAAUCAAAAGACAACAACUUGAAAGCCAUUUUGUGA